AUGAAGAAUCCUUACGUCCUCGUGUGCUUCCUGCUGCUGGUGUCCCUGGCCUUGGGCUUGAGCCUGCAGGAGGACGACCUGGUGUUCGACGACGUCGGCGAGGAGAGCACCAGCACCGCAGCCACGGUGGUCAACAACCGGUGGUUCGACGAGCCGAGAACGAGCUGGCACGAGCAGAAACGGUUCCACGACAUCAAGAGGCACCAGGUCGAGAGGCUCUGGGGCGUUCCCGAUGUCGUCGUGCCGGUCGGCCACGCGCUCAAGCUGAGGAUCCCACGGCAGGCGUUCACCGGAUCCGUGGAUUAUUACGAGGUGUUCGAUGCGAACGGAAGUCAGCUGCCACGAUGGCUGUACUGGGACGACGCGGCGUCGACAUUUAUGGGCGUACCGUCGAAAAAGGACACGGGUAGUCACCAUCUGAGCGUGAAGGCGAUCGGAAAACACGGCGACACCGCGAAGGACCUGUUCAUUGUGCAGGUAGUCCCUGAGAAACACGAGGAGCUGAAACACAGGGAUGGAAAGACGCACUGCAACGAGGGAGAGGACCAGACGCUUCUCUCGGUUCUGCUCGAUGCCAGGUUCGACAACCUCCCGCCGUCCACGCGAGUCAAUACCAUCGACAAUCUGGCUGGAUUCUUGGGACUUCAUCUGAGCGCGUUCUCGAUGCAUCCGCAAAGCGCCAAGGAGAACUUCAACGUGGACUCCACGGUGAUACUCAGCGGGCCUGGGAACGUAAAACACCGUAAAGAGAAACACCUAACCGCGAUACAGUGGCAGGUUGGCUGCGAGGGUCAUUUAUGGAGGCAUCAGACGGAUUUGGUGAAGCGAUUGCGGGAACAAGCGAAGGACGGCACUUUGGCCGAGGUGAUGCAGCUUCCGGUACUGCUGUGGCGCGUGAAAACGGAAUCGAGCUCGUUGUUGAGGAACCGGAGGGAAGCCGGCUCCGGGGACUACAAUAGUCCGGACGACUACGGCGGUUACGAGGAUUACGAAGGCGAGUACGACGAGGAUGGUGGCGAAGACGGCGAUGACUCGCAAGUGCAGCCGACAUUCGUGCCGGAUACGAACGCCCCGAGGGGAAACCUCGGCCCGGAACAUCCUCAUAGGCAUCAUCACGGAGAGGAAUCUGUCGAUCGGAAUACCGAAGAGAUCGACGAUCUUGUACCGGGCGUGAGUCAAGCGAAGACAGUGGAGAACGAACCGAGCAGAGCCACCACCACGGAUGCACCGACGACAACAACCACUGAACUUACAUCACCACCAUCAUCAACAACCCCAACAACAACCAACACCACGACGGCAAGCUCAACAACAACCUCAACUACAACCACCCAACAAGCACCGUCAUCAACGGCCACUAGUACAACACCUAGCACAACUACGACUACAACAAUAGCCGAUAUAACGACAGCUAGCGUCGUCGUCACGACCACGAUCGCGGUGUCGACCGAAACGUCGAGACCACCACUACCGGAUACGACCACCGAGGCCAUCACGGAGAAUACCAGACACACGGAGAACGAAUCCAUAAACGUCUCGACCGUCACUAUCCCAGUAACCACGAUCCCACCCUUGGUGACCCCUCAUUCUAGCACGACCGGACCGGCCACGACCACCGUCGAGAGAACUGAAACGGAUGUAACCGGUGGUACCGUGAAUGUCACCACGGAGGAGCCAACGGAACAGUCGACGGGACCUUCAACAAAACAGACUGUUACCAUAAUACCCACCACAGUACCCGUAAACAACAGCAUGUUCGGAAACACCACCCCCACCAGUACUCUGCUACCGAUAUACUACAUGAACACUACCACGACACCCAUGACAACAAUGACGCCAAUGUGGCUAUCACCAAACACCACAACCACUACUGCGUACACCACAAUGGCUCCAACUACCACAAGUACUACUACUACCACAACCACCACCACUACCACCGCCCCGUCAACGACCAGCGGUACCACUGAACCACCCAGAGUUAACACGGAAAGCAUAGAGUACGGAGUUCGCAACUUCCCACCUAGACAGGAUAGGAGGCUGAAGAAAAUACCGGUGACCGCUGGUAAACCGUUGAGCUACGUCAUACCAGCUGAUACAUUCAGUGAUUUCGAGGAUGGUGAUACCAGAAGAUUGAGAUUGAGCCUGUACCUACAAGGCACGCCCUUGAAGAGCACGCAUUGGCUGCAGUUUAAUCAGAACACGCAGGAGGUUUAUGGAUUACCACUGGAGAAGGAUAUCUCCACAUGGACCUACGAGUUAGUAGCUUCUGAUAGCGAGGGAUUAAAUGUGACUGACCGGCUGGACAUCCACGUACAACAGCACAAACUCAGUCGCAGUGUCAAUCACGAGUUCAGUAUUUACCUGAGAAUCGACAAACGCACGGAAUUCCCCACGGACUUAGACUGGGAGCUGAAGGUAAUUCGAAGUUUGGCCGAAGUGUAUGGCGACAGUGAUACCAGACACAUCACUGUUCGAUCGGUUGACAUCGUUCGCGAGCAAGCUAUCUUCACUUGGACUAAUGACAGCCUGCCCAGAAGCAGCGAGUGCCCCAAAGAAUAUAUCAAUGAUCUCUUACGUGUCCUGCUAGAUAGAAAUGGCGAUCCUAGCCCUGCACUAACGAAAGCUCUUCUCCCUGAGAUCAGAGUGAAACGAGUGCUCCAACAGGGAAUUGGGCAAUGCGAGGACAUGAAUCGCCCAGAGCCACCUAAAGUCUCUACUCAAGAGCCAAAGUCUAACUUCCCGCCAGUGCCGAGGAACCAAGUGGACCUUGUCAAUGCCACAGUUGGCCAAUUACUCGUGUUCAAAGUGCCAGAAGACACCUUCUAUGACGCUGAAGAUGGUCCAGCUCGGAAUUUGCGAAUGUCCCUUCUGACUAUCGACCGCAACCCGAUUCCAGCCCACGAAUGGUUACAGUUCGAUAGCAAGAACCAAGAAUUCUACGGUGUUCCUAUGCGCAGCGACGUCGGGCGCAAAGAAUACCAGUUGGUUGUCACUGACAAAGAAGACGCAAGCGCUACGGAUGGUCUAGUCGUGGUCGUCCACCCUGCGCCGGUCAUGUAUCACACGGUAGAAUUCUCAAUGACCUUGGACAUUCCUUAUGAUUCGUUUGCUCACUCCGCCCUGCAAAAGCGUAACUUCAUCGAGAAGCUGCGCGAUCUCUAUCAAGACAGGGACACCAGUGCGAUCUCCUUGUACAGCAUAUCCAAUGGCAGUACAGUGAUUACUUGGCACAACAGAACCUUACCCACGUCGUACUGUGCUCACGAGGAAGUGAGCAGAUUGCGAUCAGUGUUGGUAAAGAGUGAUAACGCUCGUCGAUCCGUGACUGACGAGGUUCUGGAGAUCAUGGGUGCCAAGUUCCCGGUGAAACAGAUCACUGUCAUCCCGAUGGGUAUCUGUCUCGGUGAAUUGACCGACGUUCAUUCGCCAGACAAUCACGUACCACCGGUGGAUGAUUCCACCUCGGUUGGAGCGUUCCAUGAUGACUAUCUUAUCACAUUCGUCCUGCCUGCUAUAAUCAUCGCCGCGAUGCUGAUUCUAGCGGGCAUCAUCGCCUGCGUGCUGUACAGACGAAGAAGAAGCGGGAAGAUGAGCGUUAGCGAGCAGGAUGACGAGAGACAGAGCUUCCGGAGCAAGGGAAUACCAGUGAUCUUCCAAGACGAACUGGAUGAGAAACCAGAUCCAGGCAACAAGUCGCCAGUUAUUCUCAAGGAAGAGAAACCACCCCUACCACCACCUGAGUAUCAGAAAACUGAGGACGGAGCGGACGUGCCUAUGUUACCAAAGGAGAAUUCAGAGGAACCCUAUCAACCGCCCCCGCCGUUCGCCACGAACCGCGACACCAAUCGUCAGAACCGCCCCAAACCCACUCCAACGUACAGGAAACCGCCCCCAUACGUGCCCCCCUAACAAAAUACGGUCCACUCCCCCACGCGCAAAUAUAUGCUAGCGAUGCUCGGAGACUCCCCAAUACACACGCAAAACCAAAAUAAUUAUCAGACGAAACCUGAGGCUGCCGGUAACGUCGACAGCUGUGGACCUCUGGACGUAUACAGCAAUUUGUAAAGCUUUCGUUCGUCCGGUAUGAUCGAGUAUCAUAUAUACAUAUAUAUAUACAUAUUCAUUGACGACAACUCGCUGAAAAAAAUCGCGCGCGCACUUUUUACUUACAUUAACCAUAUAAUAUAUACACACACGCAACA